AUGGAAAAACUAAAUUCAUCCGGGUUGGCAAGAACCAAGUCCGAUCAACUGGUGGAGACGGUGGCAGCUGCGUUCAAGUCACCAACUUCAAGUGAAGCCGCUGCUGUGGCGGCAGAGGGCGGCAGCGGAACUCUCUCAAGGAAGUCAAGCAGGCGCAUAAUGGGAGCUUCGCCAGGGCGUGGCAGCGGCAGUGCCAAAGGUAGCACACACAUAAGGAAGACUAGGAGUGCUCAAAUGAAGUUUGAUCUGGAUGAAGUCGGAAGUGGCGCCGCUUUAAGCCGUGCUUCCAGCGCUAGCUUGGGGUUCUCAUUCUCCUUCACCGGCUUUACUGUCCCCGCUGAUGAAAUUGCCGACUCGAAGCCUUUCAGCGACGACGAUGAUAUUCCUGAAGAUCUUGAAGCCGGCAACCGAAAAGCAAAGUUUCAAACCGAACCCACCAUGCCGAUUUACCUCAAGUUCACAGAUGUGACAUACAAGGUCAUUCUCAAAGGAAUGAGGACAAAUGAAGAGAAGGACAUCUUGAAUGGGAUCACUGGUUCGGUAAACCCAGGCGAAGUUCUCGCCCUGAUGGGACCAUCAGGAAGUGGAAAGACCACACUCCUUAAUCUGCUUGGAGGCAGGACAGCCAAAGGCAACAUCGGUGGUUCAAUUAACUACAAUGACCAAAUAUAUUCCAAGAACCUAAAGAGCAGGAUAGGAUUCGUGACUCAGGAUGAUGUUCUAUUUCCUCACCUGACAGUGAGAGAAACAUUAACAUAUGCAGCCCUCCUACGGCUGCCAAAGACAUUGACAAAAGAGCAGAAGGAAAAACGAGCAGUUGAUGUCAUCUAUGAGCUAGGCUUAGAGAGGUGCCAAGACACUAUGAUUGGUGGCACCUUUGUCCGUGGGGUAUCAGGUGGAGAGAGGAAGAGAGUUUGCAUUGGCAAUGAGAUCAUAAUCAACCCUUCGCUUCUGUUUCUUGAUGAACCAACCUCCGGCUUGGAUUCAACAACUGCACUAAGAAUUGUUCAGAUGUUACAAGACAUAGCAGAGGCUGGAAAAACAGUGGUGACAACAAUCCACCAACCAUCCAGUAGACUCUUCCACAAAUUUGACAAGUUGAUUCUUCUUGGGAAAGGAAGCUUGCUCUACUUUGGAAAAGCAUCAGAAGCAAUGGUUUAUUUCUCUUCAAUAGGAUGUUCUCCACUUAUUGCCAUGAACCCAGCAGAGUUCUUGCUAGACCUGGCAAAUGGAAACAUUAACGAUGUUUCUGUACCAUCAGAGUUGGAGGACAAAGUGCAAAUGGAAAACUCAGAAGCUGAUACAAGAAAUGGAAAGCCAUCCCCAGCAGUUGUGCAUGAGUAUCUUGUCGAAGCCUAUGAAACACGUGUGGCAGACGAGGAGAAGAAGAAGCUUAUGGUUCCUAUUCCCCUUGAUGAUGAACUGAAGUUGAAGAUCUCUUUUUCAAAACGAGAAUGGGGAGCGAGCUGGUGGGAACAAUUUUCUAUCUUAUUCCGGAGAGGAAUUAAAGAACGGAAGCAUGACUAUUUCAGCUGGUUGAGAAUCACCCAAGUUCUUUCUACUGCAGUUAUUUUGGGUUUACUAUGGUGGCAGUCAGAUAGCAACACUACCAAAGGACUGGAAGAUCAGGCAGGGCUACUUUUCUUCAUUGCUGUCUUCUGGGGAUUUUUCCCCGUCUUCACAGCAAUCUUCACAUUUCCUCAAGAAAGAGCCAUGCUGACCAAGGAACGAGCAGCUGACAUGUACAGAUUAAGUGCAUAUUUUGUGGCUAGGACAACAAGUGACCUUCCACUUGACCUAUUGUUACCUGUACUCUUCCUAGUCGUUGUAUAUUUCAUGGCAGGCUUAAGACUCAGUGCUGAAACCUUUUUCCUAAGCAUGCUUACAGUUUUCCUAUGCAUUGUGGCAGCCCAGGGACUUGGAUUAGCUAUAGGAGCUACGUUGAUGGACUUAAAGAGGGCUACAACUCUGGCUUCAGUAACUGUGAUGACAUUCAUGCUGGCUGGGGGGUUCUUCGUCAAAAAAGUUCCGGUGUUCAUAUCUUGGAUCCGCUACAUGUCUUUCAACUACCACACAUACAAUCUUCUUCUGAAGGUGCAGUUUGAAGAUAUUAGACCCACCAUUAAUGGGUCGAGCACUGAUUGUAGUUUAACAGCAGUUGGUGCUCUUGUAGCCAUGGUUUUCGGAUACCGAUUAUUGGCAUACCUUUCUUUGAGGAGAAUGAAGCUUCAAGUUGGAGCUUAAAUGUGAUAAAGAACUCCCCAAGGAAGCCUAGAUCUGGACAUACUAUGUUCCCCGUCCUUUUCUCCUUCCUUGGAAGCUAUCUAAGAAACAUGAGUCUCUAACUGA